AUGUGGAUGGUCGUGAAUUUAGCCAAGAGAUUGAACAAUGAUCCAAAUUAUGCAAAAUCGUACUCCGAUUUCAUGACCGAAUACGAAAGAUUACAUCAUAUGACACCAGUACCAGACUCUGAGCCAGAACCGCAAUAUGCUUACUAUCUUCCACAUCAUGGGGUAAUCCGAGAAAGUAGCCUUACGACCAAACUAAGAGUCGUGUUUAAUGGAUCGAGUCGUACUACCACCGGUGUUUCUCUAAACGACGUGCUUCAUAAGGAGCUAAACUUCAAGUCGAUCUGUUCAACGUCCUCGUCUGGUUUCGCCUGUUUCACUACGUUUUUUCUACGGAUGUGGAAAAAAUGUACCGCCAAAUAUAGGUACAUCCUGAGGAUCAGAUUUUUCAGCUUAGUCGUCGACGAAGGUGAGAAGUACCCUCGUGCAGGUAAGGUCCUCCGGAAAGUCAGGUACGUCAACGACGUCUUCGGAGGAGGAGAUUCAGUUUGCCAGGCUCAGGACAUCGUGAAGCAGUUGACUCAGCUCUGCAUGGCGGGCGGUUUUCCCUUUCAGAAAUGGGUCAGUAACCAUCCUGCAAUUCUUGAAUCCGUGCCACCCGAAAGAAAAGUCGAAUCAUCAUCCGUUCAAAUCGAAGACGCUACGGUAGUUCACGCAUUAGGACUUUGGUGGAAACCUUCCAUGGACACAUUCCAUUUCACCAUUAAUUUGCCGCCGACUACCGUCAUCAUCAAAAGGUCAAUUCUAUCUACGAUUGCCAAGCUUUUUGACCCUCUCGGAUUAAUCUCUCCGGUUAUUAUUACAGCCAAAAUUCUCAUUCAAGAGUUGUGGUCGAAUAAGCUUGAUUUGGAUGAUCCUUUGCCUCAACACUUGUCAGCAAGAUGGAUCCAAUUCAUUGAUCAACUACCUGAACUGUCUCGUCUAACCUUCCCUCGUUGGCUCAGUUUUCAAUCUGACCGAAAAGCAGAAAUCCACGGAUUCUGUGAUGCAUCACAGCUCGCUAUUUCUGCUGUUGUCUACAUCCGACUGAUCACAACGGAAGGAGAAAUACUCUCAAGUCUUAUAUGCUCUAAAACCAAAGUCGCGCCCCUGAAAAGACUAACUAUUCCACGUUUGGAGCUCUCUGGAGCCGUGAUGCUAACCAAGUUAGUCGCCUAUGUGUUACUCGUUCUGGAAAUGAAAAAUACACCCGUCUACAUGUGGACAGACUCUGCGAUCACUUAUAUUUGGAUAAAUGGUCAUCCUUCUCGUUGGAAGGACUUCGUCCAAAAUCGAGUUUGUUUUAUACAGGAAACACUUCCUCAGUCAGUUUGGAAAUUUGUACCUGGAAAAGACAAUCCCGCGGAUUGUACUACUCGCGGAUUGAUACCUCUCCAACUGUCAGAACACUCUCAAUGGUGGACUGGACUUCAGUGGCUCCAACGAGAUCUUUCAGCAUGGCCACAACUGAUACAAUCACCAUCUCAAAAGGACAACCUGGAGGAACGACCAACGACUAAAGUUUCUAUCGUCACUAGGAUCCAGUCUGCAGAACCUUGGAACCUUCUGGACAAAUAUUCGAGUCUUACUCGGCUGUUACGCAUUACAGUAUGGUGCUUGCGAGCAGUUUCUCCUUUCAAGAAAUCUUCUGACUCCUUAACUGGUCCAAUCACUACGCACGAAUUGGAAGCCGUGAAAUCCUACUGGGUUAAAACUGUACAACGAUCUUCAUUUCAGCAAGAACUCACUGUCAUUUCAGAGGGACAAGCUCUGCCAAAAUCCAACCCUCUUUCACGUCUUACCCCUUUCACAGACUCGAACGGACUUCUACGAAUCGGAGGUCGCCUGCAAUCAUCGCUCUUACCUACAACGACUAAGUAUCCGUUGAUUCUCCCAAGGAAAUCAUCUUUCACGUCACUUAUAAUCUCCGACGCACACCUCCGCACAAUGCACGGCGGGACUCAAGUUACGUUAGCCUUCAUACGGAAUGAGUAUUGA